GUCCUAUCCUUACUCCUGAUUGUAAGUCAUCAACCCUUUAUCUCACAACGAUAUCCCGAUACCACUCGGUCUGCAACUCGCUCACUCAUAAUUGCACGCAUGUCAUUACUGUUCGCACCCAUCAGAUCCCCUCUGUCGCACUCGCACUCAGCUUCAAUGUAGCGACGCUGCGAGGGUUUGUCCAGUUCAACUCGCCAGUCCAGGUCAAGAUCGUCUAUACUGUUAUCUACUCGUUCUAUGCCCUCCUCGGGCUCGUUACUGGUAUAGUCUUGCAGCGCCUUGCUGUUGACCGACGACUCAAGACCCUCAUCGUUCUCUAUUGGAUCCUGAUCACAUCUACGAUCGUCGAGGGCGCCUACUUUGGCAUCAUGAUGUCCAAGCAGAAGUCCAAGCUAGUCAGUUAUUGUGGGAACGGGAUCAUUCUAGAAGGAGCACCAACAAUCCCAGCAACCACCAUCCCUUUGACCGGAAGCAACAGCACCUCUAGCAUAGAAAAGACGCCUCACCCUAUGGUUUGCUACAAAACACACGCUCUCAUCGGAGCCUUCUAUAUCCUGGGGCCAGGCGGAUGGAUCCUUCUUCACAGUUCCUGGAUUCUUGUCGUCGUUCUGUAUUCAAAAGCUCUUCGAAGGCAGCUUCCAGCAGACGAAGAACUUGCGGCGGUUGAGACCAGCCGAGCAAUACUGGUUCAUUCUCCCAAGAAACCAGGACUUUCGCAGCAAAUCUCGACCCCCUUUGUCAGCGCGUGGAAACAUCAAGGAUUAGAUGCGAAGGAUAAGUCCAUGAUGCACGACAUUGAACUGAAUACUGGCGCCCACCUUUACCAGCACCACUCAAUUCAACAUGGGGCUCCGUUCAAUGAAUCCAGCACCUGUAAUCCUUCCCCAGGUCUCGGCAAUAUGUUCCGCACCAUGAAACCAUGGGCUUCAUCAGAGCAGGAACAACAUCAAAGUGGGUCUUUGCAGUAUAUCGAUGGGCGCCACGCUCAAGAUGGCCAUAAUAGCGAAGCCGACGAUGACUCGGACGAUGACCUGGAACUUAGUCGCAAGAAAUCGCGAGGCUUGGGAGCCUCGGAUGGAUCCAUGUCUUCCAGAGCUGAUAUUCCUGCGGACGGGAAGGGCUGGUGGAUUCGACAGAUCGAAGGCAAACGUCGUGGCGAGAUCUGCCCCUGUACCCUGAAUCCCAUCGCGGCACAGGAGCAGAGCUCAUGUUGGUGUGGUCAACAGAGACGGACCAGCCAUAUACGAGUUCAGUCCACUGAAGAAGCCGGUCCCAGCAGUACUAGUCAGCGUCCAUUGCCCACUCAGGCAGCUUUGGCUCCUACUCCCCCUCUUCCUCCUCCUCAGUCUCCCACAGUUCUUCCCAGGCACGAACAACCUACGGCGCUCACGACAUCCUUCAGUCCAUGGCCGAUGUCGCGCUCUAGAAGCCAGUCUUUUUAAUUCUUUUGACAUCACAGAUCCGCGUUCUUUUUUCAUUUCUGCUUUCUGUACAAAAUUGUAACUCUACGCAGGUCCACUGCAGCCUGUUUCUUACCAGCACAUUGUAUAUACCCCACAUAAUGUAUGCUCCUCGCGCAGAACUAUAAUAAAGCGCUCAUGAAUGUGGCAUACACCUCACAUGGUCGAAGGUCAAGAUAUCGC